AUGCCCAGCAGCAACGCGAGCCCGGGCGCCCGCGGGCCAUGGAGCGACGGCGAGACGUCGGCCCUCGUGGACGCCUGGGGCCCGCUGCACCUCCGUCGCGACCCAGACCCCCUCGCCGUGGAGGACUGGCGCGUCGUGUGCAGUGCCGUCAACGCCCAGCGCGCCGCCGAAGGCGGCCGCUUCAACCGCACACUCGUCCAGUGCCAGAAGCGCGUCUACACACUCAAGGACCAGUACAUGAAGGAGCUCGCCAAGGGGCGGCCGACAUCGGGGUGGCGCCACUUCGCCCGGCUCCGGGCCUUCCUGGCCGCCUCGCCUCCUGGCUUCGUUGGCAAGACGCCGGCGGCAUCCAUCAAGAAGGAGAAGGCCGCCAAGGCGCCGGCGGCAUCGUCCGUCAAGAAGGAGGAGGCCGCCAAGACGCCGACGGCAUCGUCCGUCAAGAAAGAGGAGGAGGAGGUGGAGGAGGAGACGAGUCCCGGCUUCCCAGCAACGAUGCCGGCGACCGUCGUCAAGAAUGAGGAGGUGGUUGGGUGUGGUUGCGAGUUGGUUGGGAGAGCGAGGUGCUGUCCGGGGGCGGUGGUGAUGAAGCUUGCGGAGGUGUAUGAGCGCGUGGUGAUGGAGAGGCUCAACGUCGAGGAGAAGAGGAUGGAGAAGAUGUCAUGUUGCAGCAUGGGGCACAAGAAGAUGAAGGUCGAGAAUCCGGAGGGAGCUGACAGCAACUAA